AUGGAGUCCGUCUCAACUUUGUCCUUAAAUUCCAGUGCUAGCAGUAGCACCACAAUCGAUGGGACCUGCCCACCUACAAUAUAUGAAAACGUCUGCAUGAUCUAUAGUCGCGACAGUGGAAGCAUCUUGAGUUAUAGAAAAUUCAACAAAUUUGCAGAUGAUUUAACAAAUGAGAUCCUCAAUGCCAAGCAUUUCCCUUACAAAGAAGGAUUUUCUCAAGCAGCAAUAGGUGAUAAGUACUUUGUGUGGGAAAAGCAACUUGGCAAAACAUUACAAGGGGUUGUUACUUUGCAAAUCUCGGUCACAGAUUUUGUGCUUUGGUUUAUCAACUUAUUGAUCACUCUGUCAAGAGUGGCUUUCCCUAAAAUCAACAACUUGUCUGAGUAUUCGGACUUGGUGACUGAUGCUUUUGCUACAAUGUUGAAACACACUGUUGAACACGAUAUGUGGAAUGUUCUUGGUAGGGACCACUUCAAAAAAAGUGUUGAAUUUUUCACAUCCCGUGGCCAGCCAUUGGAAGCUGUCCUUCCUGCUUUUCCUUGCAAAUCUUCAAACUAUGAAAAAGUAUCUGGUGAUUUACCCGACAAGGGGGAGGAGCUAGCAUUGAAAAGGUUGAUUUAUUUUGCUGACCAAAUUGAAAAGAUAUAUCCACCAGGAAUAGUAAUUUGGAUUGUGAGUGAUGGUCAUGUGUUUAGCGAUUGUAUCGCUGUUGACGACUCAAAAGUCAAUCGAUAUUCGGCUGCAUUGCAGCAAAUGUACAAAAAGAUUAAACUGGCAGACUCGUCACCACUUAGGUUCUGUUCGUUGCCAGAAAUAUUUGAAUUUUCAAAAGAGCUUCCUGGAAUGGUUGAAAACGUUGAUUUGGGCCAUUUCUUAGGUACAGAAAUCGAUCCGGUAUCGGAAGUGUGCCGGAAGAUAUUGAUAUCAUCGUGUGAUACAGACAAUGGUAAAUUGAGGGAGGACAUAAAAACACCUGGACAUGCUAGACUACAUUUGUUCCGCGGCUUCUCAAAAUUUAUGACUGAAGAUUUGCAAUUUCAUCCCAAAGUCGGCAAAAUGACAAGAAAAAAGUUCAAGAAGAUUGUCGGUCUAGUGGCUCAUGAAAUGAUCAAACGGAAUGACGCCUAUUCAAAUUUGGUGGAGUUGAUGUUCCCCUUCCAUUUGAGAUUUUCCAUACAUGCACACAACAAUGCUGGUCCCAAGUUCGGAAUUUCCUUGUUGAGUCAAAAUGGAACAGAGCAGUGCCUCCCAAUUGAAAAUAUCCAAAAUCACAAAGAGCCCAAAUGUACUGAUCUUUUGCACAUUCCUACUCCGUGGCAUAAUUCCAUUGUGAGAAUUGGUGACGAUGAGACGUAUUAUGUCAUUAAGGCAGCAAAAGUCGUUCAAGAUUUGGACGACGGGUCUGGCAGUGGAGGCUGGGAUCCGAAAAAUCUCCACUAUGUUUAUACAGCUAAUUAA